AUGGAUGAAGAUUAUAAAUGUAGAUAUGAAACACAUGAAAAUGAACCAAUAAUGGGUUUUUGUGUGAAUUAAAAUUGUUCAAAGGCUUCAUAAUUCUGUUUUAAAUGUAUACUUAAUAUUCAUUAAGAUCAUCCAAAUGAUUGUAUAAGAUUUAAUUAACUUACUUUAUUAUUAAAUAAAUACAUUCAAGAUAGAAAUGAAUUAAUAACUAAUUACUAAGACAUUCAAAAUCAAUUCAAAUUGGAAUUCGAAAAAAAUUAUAAAAGAAUAGAAUCUGAUAUUAAAAUAUUAAAAGAAAUGGAGCAAUUAAUGAAAAAUCAAUCAUAUAUUAGGGUUAAAGAACAAAUUCCAUUUAUUAAAGAAUGUUAUUCAAAGAAGAAGAUAGAUUAACAUAGUAAAUAAAUAUUAUAAAUAUAAAGGAUCUAUAAUAAUUGAACUUUAAAAAAAUGUAUAAGCUUUUAAAGAUCUUAAUUAAGAGAAAGAAAAAUAACCUAAAAUACAAGAGAUCAAAGUAUUGGAAAAUUAAAAAAAAUAAGAUAUUUUAAAUUAAUAAUUGACAUAAGAAUAGAUGAAACAAAAAGCAUAGGAAUCUUAUAAUAAAGGUAAAUUAAAGAUCAAAUUGAAUUAGGAAAAUAAUUAUAUAUUAGUGGAUAAUUAUAGGAAGCAUUAGCAUUUUUUGAGGAAUCAUUAAAAUAUGAUAAUAAUCAACAUGUAGUAUAUAACUAUAAAGGUAAAAUGAAAAUAAUAUUUUAUAUAGGCAUGGCAUUAAAGAAUUUAAAUCGUAAUUAAGAUGCAAUAAUAUGUUAUGAUGAAGCUAUUAGGUUAAAUCCAAAUUUUAGUGCAGCUUUCAAUAAUAAAGGUAAAUAAGUUUUCUGAUAUUUAUUUUAAUUUAGGAAAUGCAUUAAAGAAUUUAAAUCGUUAUUAAGAUGCAAUAAUAUGUUAUGAUGAAGCUAUUAAGUUAAAUCCAAAUUUUAGUGAAGCUUUCAAUAAUAAAGGUAAAUAAGUUUUCUGAUAUUUAUUUUAAUUUAGGAAAUGCAUUAAAGAAUUUAAAUCGUUAUUAAGAUGCAAUAAUAUGUUAUGAUGAAGCUAUUAAGUUAAAUCCAAAUUUUAGUGAAGCUUUCAAUAAUAAAGGUAAAUAAGUUUUCUGAUAUUUAUUUUAAUUUAGGAAAUGCAUUAAAGAAUUUAAAUCGUUAUUAAGAUGCAAUAAUAUGUUAUGAUGAAGCUAUUAAGUUAAAUCCAAAUUUUAGUGAAGCUUUCAAUAAUAAAGGUAAAUAAGUUUUCUGAUAUUUAUUUUAAUUUAGGAAAUGCAUUAAAGAAUUUAAAUCGUUAUUAAGAUGCAAUAAUAUGUUAUGAUGAAGCUAUUAAGUUAAAUCCAAAUUUUAGUGAAGCUUUCAAUAAUAAAGGUAAAUAAGUUUUCUGAUAUUUAUUUUAAUUUAGGAAAUGCAUUAAAAAAUUUAAAUCGUUAUUAAGAUGCAAUAAUAUGUUAUGAUGAAGCUAUUAAGUUAAAUCCAAAUUAUAGUGAAGCUUUCAAUAAUAAAGGUAAAUAAGUUUUCUGAUAUUUAUUUUAAUUUAGGAAAUGCAUUAAAAAAUUUAAAUCGUUAUUAAGAUGCAAUAAUAUGUUAUGAUUAAGCUUUAUCUAUAGUACAGAAACCUUUAUAUAUGAAAAAUAAAGGUAUUUUUUUGAUCGUUAUUUGAUUAGGUGAUGCAUUAUUUGCAUUAGGAAAUAAAGAAGAAUCAAAGAAAUGGUACAUGAAUGCCCUAAAUGCAGGCUUUAAUAAACAAUAAAUCUAAAAAGAAUUAAAGAAGUUUUGA